UGGAACAAGGCGCUACAGUCGCUCCUGCAGCCUUCACAUAAAAUAAAGACAUUCUUGGAUUUUAGACAAGUGUGCACGUUUGCAAACACGUCGCGCAUGUAGAGAUGUUCGGUCGCGUGUGAUGCUGAUUUUUACACCUUGAGAAUAACGUUUCCAUGAUGGCAAAGCCAGAGGCGCUCCGACUGUGUUGAGACAGGCGCUGGAUUAAAAAAAGGUGUAACUACAGGCAGCAAACACAGGACUGGACCACACGCAGAGGCUUCAUUUUGAUGUCAGCAUGGCUGUGAACAUGAUGCCAUGUCCCGCCAUUUGGCCAGGGGAGGAACAACCAUCACUGCUGGACCAGGAGGGCGCUCUGUUGAGCCAAGCUCCUGUCUCCGAGCCAUGCCCACCAGUCAGAGGUGAAGAACUCAUCCACAGCAGCGGCAGCCCGGCCAGCACAAGGGCGCCUCGCAGCAAAUCCAAAGGAGAGCUAGUCAUAGUCAUCAACGAGAAGCUCAAGAACAGUAAUGGGAUGCACGCAGCGCCUGCAGAGAACACCUCUCCCGUCAUCUCCUCUCCUCCCAGAAGGCAACACUCCAUCUCUUACCCCCAUCACAGCAAGACCAGGAAGGGGAGCAGAGCGAGUUCCAUCGCCUACACUGCCUUCUCGCCCAGGCCGUCGCUUUCUCGCCACUCCAGCAUUGCUACCAACCCACCUUUGGACCGGACCAAAGUUAAAGACUACCUCUUCCUGUCUGUGCUUGCCUGCUUCUGCCCCGUCUGGCCCAUCAACAUAGUGGGAUUCGUCUACUCUAUCAUGUCCAAGAACAGUCUUGAGCAGGGAAACCUGGAUGGCGCCGUGCGCCUGGGACGUGUUGCCAAGAUGCUCUCGAUGGUGUCACUAGUAGGAGGGACGGUCAUUAUCAUCGCCUGCAUUGUCAACCUGGCCAUAAAUGUGAAAACCUGAGUUUCAUCCCAGGAUGAAACUGGAUAAGGCAACUGACCAUCUGGCCCGCACCUGCACCACCGUCUUUACCGCCUAGUCAUUACCUGGAUGUGUGACAAAUAUGCACCCGAUAUACAGUGCUUACUUGUAUUUCUGUAAUCCAUAUAAAUCCCUCUUGCUAACUGAAGAAAAUAAAAUAUGCAAAUGCUGCUGCUCUGAGUCAGGGUUGGGGGGUUGUCCACCUCAUGAUAGAUGGAGAAGGGAGGAGACAGUCUAAUCAGUCCCUUCGUAUUCUGGUCAACACACUCUUGAAAGACACAAACUCUCCCAGAAUCCCAUCACUUGCAGAACUGAUUCAGACAAGGUGGACUAGAAAAUGGGGAGACCAGUGGAGAUGGUUACAGAACGUAAAACAGGCAGGAUUUCCUCCCAGCAGUCCCAACAAAAUGUCCGCCAAGUCCAUCCUUCACUGCACCGACGACAGGAUGCAUCAGCUUGCCGUUAAACCCCCCCGGAUAUGUGGAGAGGCUCUGGGAUUUGUGUUGCUUUGGAAAUGACAGAGCAGAAAUACAUCCAAUUCCCUCACAGAGAAGAAACAAUUUCAAUCAUAGUAUGCCCGCUAGUUUCAGACUCUCCUCUGCGUGGUUCUCCUGCCAUACAUCUUGUGUUUGAGAGUGAGGGCACUGGUGGUGAAAGAGGAUGAAAAAGAGGCUUACCGAGGACUAGCUAUGGGUGCUAAAAGGGAAGGGAUUAUGGAAAGUCUAUGAAGAAGCCACAGUCAUCACUGCAAGGAAAAAUAUGUGCCAAAAAAAAGUUUCUUGCUAAAGACCCUACUCUGAUCACAGAAUUCCUGUUGUAGAGAGAAACAUCAAAAGUGUUUUUACUCUGCUGCAACUUUACUGUAUAUCCGCUCGACACCACUGACCACUGUGAGCCAGAAAAGGCUUCAUGUUCACACAGAAAAACUGUAGCAAGAUACAUCAAACGUUCAAUUUACAGUGAAGCAAAUUAUACUUUGUCAUCUUCAAACUACCUUUUGAUAAUGUUUGUAAAGCAUUGUUUUGAAACAAAGAUUUCUUAAUGUGAUGCCCUUGAAAGUGCUGUGCUGCAAUUGACAGAUGGUGGUAGUAUUGUGUGCAUAUGGGCAUCUGCUAUUUGGUUAACAAAUUAAAUUGAUUGUCAUUGCAGUCAAAGUUGUGGUUGUAGCCUCAGUCUGGAUCCACAGGUAGACUGUACUUUCAAACCAGACAGAUGGUGGCAUUUUUGUCCCUUGUAAAACCCCUAAAACAGCAAAAACAUGAAUAUUUGUCUGUUUUGUUGUCAUACACAGGAGGAUGCUGUCUUUUGAUAAUUAAUUUGUAAAACACUGGUUCAGGGGAGCAUAGUUUUAUGGGUGAUAUGAAUAGCAGUAGCCUACUGUGGAGAACACAUUUUUAAAUCUGCUUUAUUAUUGUUGUUGUUGUUGUUUUUGUUAUUGUUAUUAUUAUUAUUAUCAUCAGUAUAUCUUGUGUGUAUCCUUACCUUACCUCUAAUCUGUAACUACCUGUGAUUCUCACUGUGAUCUAAAACAACCUGGUUUCAUCAAGAAUGGAUAAAACUCCUUAUAUACUGUAUCCUGGAUUAUGAAUUAUGUACAGAAAGGCCACAGUUUCUCACACCUGCAGACAGUUUUCUGUAAUUAUUAAUUAGGCAUUUUUCCCUCUGUUAGUACUUAAAAUGUAAAUUUAAUUGUAAUCAACAGUUGAUGUAUUCUGCAGAUAUAAAUCUCAAUAUUGUGAUAAUGCUCUAGUCGAUAUGAGUUAGCAUUAAGUAGUUAUGAUCUAACGUAGACACAGAAACCGUCGGCUAGCCUCCUGACAGUCAUUGUAUUACCACCAGGCUUCUAUAAUCUUUGUGGAUGUUGGCAUGUUGUUGAUUUUUAUUCAUGUAUGAUGAUUGAAGUUGAAAAUGACAAAGAUAAGUUGGCACUUGGAAAAUUAUAUUUCUGCAGCACAU